CAUUCAAGAGACGCCAAUGUGCUCCACUCAUCCCCUCACCCACUGAAGUUGUAACGUAUCAGAAGCGGCAGAGAGAAGAAAAGUAUGUCAAAGACUAGCAUAACAACCCUUUUCUUGGUAGCCCUUAUCCUCUUCGCCUCGCUCACAUGUACGGCCGCUCGCCCUGAUCCUGCUCUUCCCAAUGAUUCUCUUGUGAAAACCAAACAUGCGAAUCCAGUAGCAAAGAACGCGGACGAGCUUGAAAGUUGUGAUGGAAUCGGGAAGGAGGAGUGCUUGAUGAGAAGGUCCCUUAACGCUCAUACUGAUUAUAUCUACACACAGGAUGCAAAUCCAUGAUGAUGAUGAUGUUCUUCUGCGUUCAUGAUGUCUCACUUCCUUAGCUAUUACUGGGGUUGUGAAUAUUAAUAAAUAUUAAUACUAAAUCAGUUUGUUAUAUA